GCCGCUGAUCCUGGGUUGAGAGUCGGCGGCCGCAGGCCCCGGCUGAGAUCCCCGCCAUGACCUGGAGCGCCACGGCGCGGGGCGCGCACCAGCCCGACAACACCGCCUUCACUCAGCAGCGCCUCCCCGCCUGGCAGCCGCUGCUGUCGGCGGGCAUCGCGCUGCCGCUCUUCUUCUGCGCCGGCCUGGCGUUCAUCGGCCUGGGCCUGGGCCUCUUCUACUCCUCCAACGGCAUCAAGGAGCUGGAGUACGACUACACCGGCAACCCCGGCACCGGCGAUUGCUCGGUGUGCGCCGCCAAGGGCCAGGGCCGCGCUCCGCCGCCCGGCUGCGCUUGCUCCUGGAGCUUUACGCUGCCCGAGCUCUUCCCGGGCCCCGUGUACCUCUACUACGAGCUGUCCAACUUCUACCAGAACAACCGGCGCUACGGCGUGUCCCGCGACGACGCGCAGCUCAGCGGCCUGGCCAGCGCGCUGCGCCACCCGGCCAACGAGUGCGCCCCCUACCAGUUCCGCUCCGACGGUCUGCCUAUCGCACCGUGCGGCGCCAUCGCCAACAGCCUCUUCAACGACUCCUUCUCGCUCUGGCACCAGCGCCAGCCCUCGGACCCCUUCGUCGAGGUGCCGCUCGAUCGCACCGCCAUCGCCUGGUGGACCGACUACCACGUCAAGUUCCGCAACCCGCCGCUGGUGAACGGCAGCCUGGCGCUGGCCUUCCGCGGCACGGCGCCGCCGCCCAACUGGCACCGGCCGGUUUAUGAGCUCAGCCCGGAUCCCAACAACACCGGCUUCAUCAACCAGGACUUCGUGGUGUGGAUGCGCACCGCGGCGCUGCCCACGUUCCGCAAGCUCUAUGCGCGCAUCCGCCAGGGCAACUACUCCGCCGGUCUGCCCCGGGGCACCUACCGUGUCAACAUCACCUACAACUACCCGGUGCGCGCCUUCGGCGGCCACAAGCUCAUCAUUCUUAGCAACAUCUCUUGGAUGGGUGGCAAGAACCCUUUCCUGGGCAUCGCCUACCUGGUCGUUGGCUCCCUCUGCAUCGUCAUGGGCUUUGUCAUGCUGGUCGUCUACAUUCGCUACCAGGACCAGGACGACGACGACAACGAUGAUGAGUGAUCCUGCUUCCCAAGAAACCCUGCCUGCUUCUUGGCCAAGCCGCUUUUAGCGGUGGCCUUUGUUCCUAACACAACUUCAGGCCCACAGAUCUGUUGUGGAAGAUGGGCCUGGUGAAGGGAAUUACCCGCCACGGGACUGUUCUCAGGUUCUGGACUGCAGAGUGACACAUCUUGCCAUUUUCCCCAUCUUCUCCAUGGCUUACCGACUUGACACGCCAGGUCCUUAAGAUUCCUGGAUUGGAACUCAUUAAGACCAACAGCCAGGAUCCCGAUUUUGAGCCUAAACUUUUGUUCCUUCCUCUAGGCACACCUCCCUCCGCUUUCUGGGAGGGAGAUAUCAGAUGGGGCGGGGAAGUGUUGGGAUGGCAAAUGAUACCCGCUGAUUGCCCGCAGAGGCACAGAGGAGCAGGGAAAGCAUAUUGGUUAAGAUUUAAGUCGAUGACGAGGCACCAGGCCCCUCAGGUUCUGACACAGUAAGGCCAGGAUGAGCAAGCUUCUCUGGAAUCCUUGUGCCCUUGAAUUGGAAUCUUGAGCCAGGUUGGGCCUGAAGUACUCACCUGAAUUCAGUUUUACCUGUAAUAAUUUGUUCCCGUGAACGGUGGCAAUCAUAGUGCUCCUGUUUGGUCCUAAACACAUAGGAAGGAAGCUGGCAAUUUGUGGAAUGAGCAAGAAAACUUGCUAGGUCUAGGAAAGUGCAGAUCUGCAGGGCAGAAGUGCGUCAUUAAAUGUAAAAGCAAACUUAAGAAGACGCCGUGUAAAAAUCUGAAAACGCAAGAGCAGUCUGCAUGGCUCAGGGGCAAGUGUUUUAACCUGAGAAACCCGACUGCAAAUGAUCUUAGUGGGAAGCAGUUUCCUUGCAACCCUGAGGGACCGAGUUUUGCCUUCUUUCUCAACACCCCACCCCCACCUUGAAUCAUGCUGAAGGGAAUAAUUUAACUCAUUUGUAUUAUCUUCACAAAGAACUAUCUUAAACCCAGUUUCAACUCUCAAAUGAAACCCAUUUCUACUGAUCACGUUAAAGAUUGAUAAGGAAUAUAUUCUAAUAUGCAAAAUAGACUCCCAAUUAUUUUAGCCUUUAAGACAAUGCUAAAAUUACUCAGCUGAUUUUAUCUGAUUGCCUACAAUUGAUACAAAGCUAGUCUCAGAGGCAAGUGGGACAUUUUUAUUUUAUUUUUAUGGAACAAUAAUUUCAAAGAAAAUUAAAAAUAAAAUUUCCCAUGAUGCUGUCUUCCAGGUUCCCUGAAGAAAAGUUCCUUGGCAUUUGUCAGGGUCCUCUGGGCUGGCUCCCUAGUGCAGUCAUUUUCUUGGUUAUCAGUGAAUUUUCAUUCCUCAAGGGCAGCAGAGUUGUUGGAGUAUGUUGUAUGGCGGUCAAAUGCUGAGUUACAGUGAUUCUUUCCAUCCAUUCUAUUAUUCUGUCUUGGUUAAUACUUAUUUUUGGAUGAAUAGCGUGCCCGUCUAAGAUAAAAAGUGACUUAAUAUAAUCUUGUCUCAUCUUUAUGUAUAUCAAAACAUUCUUUAGCAUUUCCACCGUGUUGAUUGUCUGACUUCUGAAUGUGAUAAAAUUUAAUAUCAGGUCACAUUUUGUGAUUUUUGACUAUGAAAAGCAGAAUGUGGCGUGUACUUUAGAAUGUUUUAUUUAUUAUAAAUGCUUGGUUGAUCAGCCCUCCCCUGUGUCAGGUAAAGGAAUUUGCUUCCUUUUUUUCCCUAUACAGUUGAGGGUAACUAUAUUUUACUAUCAUUUUGUAGAACAGUAGUCUUUUGUUACUAACUUUUAUGUGAGACCAUGAAACUUAAAAUCCUGUCAUUAAAUUGUAGUUCCAGGCCUUGUUUUCAAGGUUUUUGAAAGAGAAUAAAGGUUGUGUUUGACUUUCUCUGUUAUCACAUUACUUAGUUCUUUUGAACUAUGAUCUUAAAGGCACAAACAGUACCAGCCAUUCGCCUCCUAUUGCCAGCACAUUCAUAUUGUAGCCAGAGCAUCACCGUUCAGAAUGGUGUCCAGUCAACACGAACUCCGUCUUUUAUUGCUAACUUCUUAAAACAGAAUUUGAACUUACGUCAACAUCCUGUGUUUGGGUGACAUGAUCCUCAAUUAUUGUCUGAAUUUGAUAAAUGACAGUGUGUUUUCAAUUUUAGUAUGAAAGGUUAUUAAAGAAUAUGAUCAUAGC